AUGAGGAGAGACAGAUACACAGUAAGAGGCAGAGAGACAGAGAGACCGAGGGGAAAACAGCCGAGAAGGGUCACUGGGGUUUUCCACUGUGUAGGAUUAAAAAAGACAUGAGAAGAAGCUAAGGCAUAGAAAGGAGGGGAAACAUGUAUAGUCACAGACAGAUCAGACGGCAGAGUGAGUGUAGUUGUGAGCAGUGAAUAAGUAAGCGUCAGAAAAAGAGGAAGACGAAAGAGAGAUUGCACCUUGACCGAUGCUCAGUGAGCUAAGAUAAAUUAAACAGCUACUUACUAAGGGAAGUGUGUACAGAAAGACUGUCGUUGUAGUCUUAAGCUUAGAUAUUUUACACACAGGUGGAGGACAGUAAUCGAAUGGGCAACAAAUACCCACAAUGAAUUGCACAGAUAAGGAUAAAUACACCAGUGAAAAUGGAAAAUGCUGUGAUCGCUGUGCUGCAGGAAAGUACAUGAAAACUGAGUGUGAUGGCAAAGUCGAGACAAAUUGUGGUGAUUGCGAUAGUGGGUUCUACACAGCCACAAAGAAUAACUUGAGAAAAUGUCACGUCUGCAAGCAGUGCAGUUCCAGUAACAACCAGAGGACAGUAAAGGAAUGCACAGCUAAGGAUAACACAGUGUGUGAGUGUGUGACUGGUUUCUACUGUAGUGAUAAUGCCUGUGACCACUGCCAGCCGGUUACCCGCUGCCAACUGGGUAAAGGGGUCAAGGUUCUAGCCACUCAAAUGAAUGACACCGUCUGUGCUCCUUGUAAAGAAGGGACCUACAGCAACGUAACAGAUUUUCUCUCACCGUGUCAAAAACAUACCAGAUGCGAGGACUUUAGGAGAGUGUUGGAAACUCCAGGAACCCAAACAACUGAUGCCAUCUGUGGUGACUUUAAAAAUGAUUGUCACUGGAUGUUACCCGCAGGCCUGUGGUCAGGACUCGUGUUGACCGCACUUGUCCUGUUUGGUCUCAUCUGCUGGAGGAAAAAACGCAAGUCAUCCAGAACAGUCAGUUCCUGUGUUCCUGUUAAGCUGAUUGAAAUGGUUCCAGCUGAACGCAACAGUCUGCUGGAUCUGCCUCUACCGUCUACGGAGUUGAAAGGUUACUGCCAAGAGAGCUGCAUUGUGAAUGGCUGCGAGUUACCACCUUUUAACGCAGAUGAUAUUGCGGUCAGUGACGGCACACACGACAGCAUGGACAGCUGCCGUCCUAUAACUCCACUGAAGGUUACAGUUUCGUUCGCUGAAUCCAGCGACAAGAAUGGAAGUGUUGGAUACUACACCAACAACUUCCAAAGAACCUAUUCAGAGCCACAGGAGGACGAGUGGUGCGGGACAUAAUCAAGUAAAUGUUAUUGUUAAAGUCCAGAGUCCCUCUCCAGCCAGAUUCUACAACCAUUUUUCCAACUUUAAACUGGAUCUAUUUAUAAGAGAGAGAGUUUGCUGCCCCCUGCUGGAGUGAUGUGAUAUUUAUGUGUUGUAUUUACACCGGUGCAGUUCUGUGCUUGAGUAAUUUCAUUUGAUAUGAAUUAGUAUUAGAUAGGAGCUUCACAAGUAAAAGCAGCGCUGUCUGCGGGUUUUAUGUUUUACAGCUCAGUGGUGCCUAUUUAAAAGUAACUCUGUUGAUAUUCUAUAUUUUUCUUACUUUAGACAAAUCUCACGAAAAGACCAAAACCAACAGCCGACAAUGAAUGUACCCCAAUUAUUUGUGUAGUCCAAGUCUGAAGUAGCUUAUUCCUGUGUGCCACAGAGCUCCAAUGAGACACACUGUUGCACUGACUGACAUGUGCCGUCAUUACCACGAACGCAGGCACUGUAGUUUAAAUUUGUGCUGUAAAUGUACAUUAAUCUGCAGCGUUUAUUGCUGUUUGUCUUUUUUUAAAUGAAAAUUUGUGGUCUUUAAAAAACAAACAUAAACAUCUUCAUAAGAAGCAAUGGGCCGAGUGCCACAGAAAAGCCUGAAAAUUGAAAGACGGACUAACCAACCGUUGGUGUUUUCAUGGGAUUUGUUGAUAAUAAGAAACAUUAAAAAAAAUACUUUUUUCACAUCCUUUAAUGUGAAUUGCGUAUUUGUAAUUAUAUUUUAAAGGAUAUCUAAUUUAACUUAUAUUGUUCCAACCAGGCUGUAAAAAGUCUUCUCACACUGUAUUAUGAAUUCUGACCACUGACUUUUUGUAUUUAUAAAACUAUACAAUAAGAUAAUAUCACAUGUGCUACUGACAUUUUAAAGUUGGAGAAUAGUGGAAUAAAGAUGUAGCAGUGACACCAGA